AUGGCAGCCAAGCGGUCGCUCUCUCUCCUCGUCCCUCUCAUCGGGUUGGCGAUUUACAGCCAAGCGAGUUAUUUGUGGAAGCUGAUCGGUCGAGUCGACAUUGAUCAACCAAGACUCGUCCGCUGGGAGAACAGCACCGCCCUGAACAAUCACGACUGUGAGGUGAUACGUGCAGCCAACGCAUGCGAAGAUGUAAAGAUACACUUCCCGUCGCAGACUGCUUUUCUGGCAUGUGGAGAUCCUCUGGAACGAACUCACUGGUACCCCUGUGCUGGUGUGCGCACAGUCAAACUCCGAGCGGAGUCUUCCUUUCGUGAGCAGCUGUUCAAAUACGAUGCGAAAACAGGUCAGACCACGGCCUUGGAGUUACAUGGGCUCCAAGGAGAUUUUGUCACACAUGGCCUCGACAUUCUGCCUCUGCCCGAGGAUCCUUCGAAGAUUCAUAUCUUCGCCGUCAAUCACGCCCGGGAUGGCGAUUCGAUUGCCAUUUUUGUUCAUGAGCUCGGUUCUUCUGCCGCCCAGCUGGUUAAGAAUGUCAAGCAUCCGGCCAUAAAGACGGCAAAUGGGGUUGCUGCUACAGGUCCACUGAGCUUUUUUGUUACCAACGACCACUAUGCCGCAAGCGGUCCUUUGCGCGUGCUGGAGGAGCAGUACGGCCCCUUUACGUGGUCCAGCGAUGUCCAACAUUGCGAUGCACACUCUGAGGAUGUCUCUUGCAAGCAAGUCGGGGGUGGAACCUUCCCCAAUGCGAAUGGCAUCAAUCUGUGGCAGGACAGGCUCUUUGUCGGCGACGCCAGGAACGGGACUGUCACGGUAUUUGAGAUCCAUCCGGAUAAGACGCUCACAAAACUCCGAGUCGUGGACGUAGGGGCAGGGGCAGAUAACAUCAAUAUUCUUCCAACAACAGGAGAUCCCAUCAUUGCAGUGUUUCCUACGCUCGAGGAUCUUCCGACGUAUCUCGACAAUGUCAAAUCCCUUGGAAAGGAGUUCUUGGUGCCGGCGGCCGCGCUUCGACUGGAUCACACAAACGAUUAUGCACCUGAGCUGAUCUAUUUCGACGAUGGUUCCGUCGUCAGCUUCAUGACCGCGGUUGCAGUAGAUCCGGUGGACGGCUUCCUCAUCGUGUCGGGCAUCCUACAAUACGGGGGCUUUGCGGUAUGCAAAGUGCCGCCAGAUGCAUUCGCGCGAAUCUCGCCCCAACCCUGA